AUGGCCCAGCACCAGCAGCCUUCGCCCACCACGGGCAUACCAACACACCAUGUAGCCCAGCAUCCUGCGCACGCGCAGGUGAAUGGCCACCCACCCCACGCGAACCAGCCAAAGACCUCAUCCCAGUACUUGGGUCAAUUGACCGAGGCCGUCUGGACACAGAUGGGCUCUCUAUCCGAGCAAAUGCAGGACUACGACGGCGCCAUGCAAUGUUACGAACAGGCCUUGAAGUUCAACCAAUGGUCUGUACCGGCUAUGCAAGGCAUUGCCUGCAUCCUGCGCACCAAAGAUGCUUUUCCAGCCGCUGUGGAGUACCUGCGCACCAUUCUGAAAGUUGAUCCCACAAACGGUGACGUCUGGGGCAGUCUCGGCCACUGCUAUCUGAUGAUGGAUGAUCUGCAGCAAGCCUACUCGGCUUACCAACAAGCUUUGUACCACCUCUCUGAUCCCAAGGAGCCUAAACUGUGGUAUGGCAUUGGUAUCCUCUAUGACCGCUACGGAUCAUUGGAGCAUGCCGAGGAAGCCUUCUCACAAGUUAUGCGUAUGGAGCCUACCUUUGAGAAGGCCAACGAGAUCUACUUCCGUCUGGGUAUAAUUUACAAGCAACAGCAAAAGUUCAACCAGAGCUUGGACUGCUUCAAAUAUAUCGUCACCAACCCUCCCCGCCCACUCACUGAAGAGGACAUUUGGUUCCAGAUUGGACACGUCUAUGAACAACAGAAAGAGUUCGAAGCUGCAAAGGGCGCUUACCGCCGGGUCCUGGACCGCGAUCCCAACCACGCGAAGGUGCUCCAACAGCUGGGAUGGCUUCAUCACCAACAAAGCACAAACUACGCGAGCCAGGAACAGGCCAUUGAAUACCUUGAGAAGUCGGUCGCUUCUGAUCAAACGGAUGCACAGAGUUGGUACUUGCUCGGUCGUUGUUACAUGUCUCAACAAAAGUACCCCAAGGCGUACGAGGCUUACCAGCAAGCUGUAUACCGUGAUGGCCGAAACCCAACCUUCUGGUGCAGCAUUGGUGUACUGUACUACCAGAUCAACCAGUACCGCGAUGCGCUCGAUGCCUACUCUCGCGCAAUUCGAUUGAAUCCCAACAUUUCGGAAGUCUGGUACGACCUAGGAACACUGUAUGAGUCUUGCAACAACCAGACAGCCGAUGCUCUCGACGCAUACCAGCGCGCGGCCGACCUUGACCCAUCUAACGUACACAUCAAGGCUCGCCUUCAGCUUCUACAGAACGGACAGACGUCUGCCGGGGCCCCAAAUCAAGGCAAUGCUCCUAUACCUCAGGAUGUACAUCCCCAGGCUUAUCAGCCUGCGUCAGUUCAUGGUCCAGCUGCUCCUCAAUGGGGUGCUCCUCAACCACAGCAGCCUCCUCAAGGUCCUGCUCCUCCUGCUUUGGCGGCUGGCUGGGACCGCCCUCUUGCUCAGAUUCGCGAUCCGGGCCUACCGCCUCAGCAAUUGAACCCAUAUGAGCAGCGCGAGGGCAUCCGCCCUCCUACUCAGCAUGCUCCUCAGAGGCCUGCUAGCCCGAGGCAGGAAGCGCCUAGGCCCUACGCAGAGCCUCCGCGCCCUCCCACCAGCGGUCCUGGUCCUCAGGGCCCUGCCGGUCCUCCCCCUCCUGUCCCAGGACCGAUGCGUCGCGGCAUGUCUCCGUCUCCAAAGACGCAUCAUGUGGCUCCUAGUCCCUACCACCCUCAGCCGCCGCAACUCACGCCUCAAGCGGCUCAUGCGCAACCACAGCCACCUGUGCACCAGCAGCCGCAACCACAGCCACCCCAGCCUACCCGUAUCUCGAAUCCCAACUACGGGCCUCACGCUGGUAGUGUGCCUCCCCCACCUCCCCCACCACCUACUGGUCUUGGUGGUCCACCAAGCCAAGGCUCCACACAAGGUGCUGUCCCUCCAUACAGUGCCCGUCCUAGCAGCCCUGCCCCCGAAGUGCGCCCUAUCGUUGAGAAUCGAACAGCAUCCCCACGUAACGGUUAUCAGGGUCCUUACCAGCACCACCCUGAUCCUUCUACUGGUGGCGGUAUCGCUAGUGGUGCUCCUCCACCAGCAUCGGCUCAAGCUGCUGCUGAGCAAGCUGCGCGUGAUCGUGAUGAGCGCCCUCCAACUGCGCCGCCAAAGAGACACCGCGAAUGGGAGGAGAAUGAACACAUUAGCGCCAAGCCACCUACGAAUGAUGAAAAGCGCCAAAAGAUUGAAGAGCCUCACAGCCGUCGGCCUACACCCCCACACCGCAUGUCGUCGCCUCAAGUGCCACGCCAGAGCCCACAGGACGGCCCUGACCCUAGACGAUUCAACGAUGGCUAUCAUCCAUCCGAGGCUGCUCACCACCCGCCUUCGCUUCCUCCGAUGGCUACUGCGCGACCACUGUCUCGCAUGUCGGAGACAUCGAAGCCAGAGCGUCCUGAGCACCACGAACCGGCUGCUCGCCACAUGGAUGUGGAUGAGAACUACGAUGAUGAAGGUGAUGACUCGAAGCCAAAUGCGGCGAAAUCUGAGAGGAGCAGCCCACGCACUGCGCCUACCAAUGGCGUGACUCAUGCGCUUGCUGCUGAGCAAAAGCCAUAA